UUAAUAAUUUGCUUUUAAAAUAUCUCUUUCAACUAUCUCGGCUUAAAAAAUCCGAAGAAACUUUUCUAGACAAAUCUUAAUAGUCUGAUUUAGUUAUGAAGAUAUCUAACAAAAAUAAUCAAAAGUCUGUAAUUUAAUCACGAGACUUAAAUUGUUUUAGAGAAAUAGAGCAUCAUUUUGGUUUUGAAGGAGGAAUUUCGCCAGAUGAGCUUAUUGCUCGGCACCCUGUUACUUGAGCAUUUAUCAUAUCACGAUCCCAUAAGACGUAUCUAUUACAAUCUUAUGCUGCCAGGACAUGAGUGCAGUGUGUAGGGUAAGUGAGGCCCGCAUGGCAGGCGUGUGGGGAUACGGCGGCGCGCGCGAGACAAUAUAUACCUGACGAGGGCCUGGUGUUGUCGAACACCUGCUCCGCACCGGGUCCGAGCGGACCUUUGUCCAAGGGCCGAUAUAAAACUCGUACACCGUUUCGGCCGCGCCAGUAUACUUUCGAGAGGCGGCCAAACGCGCUGCAACAAUCGGCGCUCCGCACGCAACUCUCAUUCUGAUCAAUCUCGCCUGAGAUAAAUCGCAUUGCAAUUCAAAUCAUAUUAAAAUCCGUUCGUAUUCUUAAUUGUGCUGCUUGAACGGUGAUAAGGUGUCAUAACAAAUUCUCGCUGAAACAAUUUCAAGAUCUGGACGAGAAGUGCAAAGAUUUCGGACUCGACAAAUGGAGAAUUAAAAAAUCUAAGAAUUGUGAAAUAUAAAAAGAAUUCAAGAAUCUGUAAAACACUUGCAAACAAUAAAAGAUUAUAUGAAUGAUCAAAUAUACAGAUUUAAAAUAUACAAGCCGAGAACUAUAAAGAGUUCCGGUUAGAAGGUUUCGAAUUGACUGGAAAUUCAAGAAAUUAGGAUCUAAAAUACUGGCAGAGAUGGCAAAUAUACUCUGGUUGUUAUCAGCGAUUAUCGUGGCGAACGCGUUGAUUGCCGGCACGCGCGCGGAUGAAAACCUCAGUAGCACGAUUAAGUUGCUACAGGAGCAAGUGAGCGCACUGCUGGAUCAUCGACAGGAAGAUUAUAACGCGCUGGAAGAAAGUCUGAAACGGGCGAUGGAGAAGAAUACGGAGCUUAUCGUCCUGAGAAAUGAAGUGAAGCAACUCAGGAAGGAAGUGAACACUCUUCGCGGCGGAAGCGGCAACGAGGCGAAGAACGAGCGAUUGCGGGUGCGAUGGCUCGGCAGUGCCGUGACGGAGCUGCAAAGUGAGGUCGCCGAGGUGCUCAGGACGCGGAAUGCUAGCGAGGAGUUAGCCGAGCGUUCGAGAAUGAGGAGCGAGCUGGCCCUGCUGAAAGGCGAUGUCGCCGAGGUCGGCAGGAGUAUACGCGAUCUCGGUGGAAGGAUCACCAAAAUCGAGGCUGCACUUGGCACCGUCAGGCUCGACAUCGCCGCGACGAAGGAACGCGCUAGCCUCCUGUCUCGCUCCUGCGCGGAUGUUAGUAGCCAACUCAGCACAGUGCAGAUCGAGUUAAAAUCUCUGAAGUGCGAAUCCACGCAUCCCGGCCAGCGGCAGGACCUGCAGAAGCCAGAACACCGUGACAAAGCCGAGCUCUUUCACAACGAAGUGAGCAGUGUCCACGAGAUCGCAUCGACCCGAAGACGCAGCUAUUCGCAUGCCUUGGCACAUCGUGCGCGUCUUGAGGAACGCCUGCGGAACGUCGAGCGGAAGAUCUCCGUGGUGGCGCGAAAACGAGCGAUGGUCGAGAAAAGGGUGGUGUACGAGGACCGCGAGCACCUGGACGAACGGGUGAAGGAUCUUGAAUUGACGCAAACAGAGCUCUCGAGAAGAGUAUUGAACGCCAGCCGGGAUCUGGCAUCGAUGAACGAGUUGGGCGAGUCGAUGGUACGGCUGUACGAUUCGGUGCGAGUGCUCGAGGAAGCCGUCUAUACCAAUCGCUCGGAAGUGAAGCGGGAGCUGGCGAGGCUGGAGAUAAACGCUGCACGAAAGGCGGCCGAACUAUCGCUGACCAGGGAGGAGUUGGGCAACCUUAGACGCGCGGUUCAGGCGCUAAGCGUGAGCGCGUCGCAGCUGCAGGAGAGGAGCGACACGCAACGUAGAAGCCUAGACGUCUUAAACGAGACUCUGAGCCGUUUGGACCUUACCCGAAAUCUGGCCAAGGCGGCGAACGUGACCCACGAGUUAGAACAAGUAGAGGAUCAGUAUCGCCUGAUGGUGGAUUCCCUGCCUGGCAAUUGCGAGGAGCGCGACGGCCUGAUCUUGCUGGCGCCCGGUCCUGGUACGCCUCUGCUGACGUCCUGCCACGCCGGCUGGAUCGUCGUCUCUCGCAGAAUCGACGGUGCGAUCGACUUCGAUCGCACUUGGAACGAGUACGCGGUCGGCUUUGGCUCGCCGGUCAGCGAAUUCUGGAUCGGCAACGAGGCUCUGCACCGGCUCACCCGCGACAAUUGCAGCAGGCUGCGAGUCGAUCUGACAGACACCUACGGCGUGCACUGGCGCGCCGAGUACGAGCACGUCACGGUCGACUCCGAGGAGACCGGUUAUCGACUCCACGUGUCCGGAUACUCGGGCAAUGCGACCGACGCACUAUCCUACCAGGAUGGCAUGGCUUUCAGUGCCAAAGAUCGCGACAUGGACAUCAGUACUACUGACUGCGCGGCCAACUAUCGAGGCGGAUGGUGGUUCAGUCACUGUCAGCACGCCAAUCUCAACGGCAGGUAUUCCUUGGGCCUGACGUGGUUCCAAUCGACCAGCAAUGAGUGGAUGGCGGUCGCGUCUUCCGAGAUGUCGGUGCAACGGAAGCAAAACUGUUGACAUUAAAUCCCGAGAAGUUAACGAGUGCAACCGUUUGGUCAAAUUGACAGACAAUCGAUUCCUCGAAGAACUUUGAAAAAAUUGAAUGUUCGUUUCGUGCGACUUGAGUCGUGCAUUUCGUACAUAGUCAGUCGACGAGAAUGCUGCUUGGAAUACCAAAGAGUUAAGUGUAAUUUAAAGACUACUAUCGAUAUAGUGUACAGUUACGUACAGUUAAUUUUACACGACGCUGGAAUAAACGCUGUAAAUGUCCAACAAAUAUAUAAUAUUACUUAUUGUAUCUGUAAAAUAAUAAUAGAAUUGGCGAACGAAAGCCAUUAAUCUUUACUCAAUAAAUUACGUAUUAAAAGAUGAUUGAUGGGAGAAUAAAUGUGCGAUCGACCAUCCAUCAUCAUAUCAUAUUCAUCAUUAUAUAAAAUAGAUUUUAUCUUGUAAGUUUUAGAAGGCGUUAUCACAUUAUUUAAUAUUGUAAAUAUAUAUUAUUUUCAA